AUGAGCGCCAGCGGCCCGGCGGCUCCCGGGGACGGCCCGGCGCUGCAGCCGCCGCCGCCCGGGCCCGGCCCGGGGCCCGCACCGCCCGCGCCCGCCGCCGCCGCCGCCGCCGCCCGGGACACCAUGGACGGGCGCGCCGAGCUGCCCGCCUUCCCGCGGGCCGGGCCCCCGCCGCUCGCCGCCAGCGACACGGUGCCCGCGGCGCCCGAAGGGGCCGGGGCGGCCCGGCCUGGCCCGCCGCCGCGCCCCACCUCCUUCUCGGUGCUGGACAUUCUGGACCCCAACAAGUUCAACAGCAGAAGACGCCGCUGUGUGCUUCUGGGCCCCGUGGCGCCCGCCGCGUGCGCCCCGUGCGCCCCGGGCCCGUGCGCCCCGGCCCCCGCUGCCCCGGGACGCCCGCCGCGCGCAGAGGAGCUGGAGCGCCGCGCCCUCGCCGCCGCGGGAGGAGGAGGAGCUGGAGCCGCCGCCGGAGCUGAGCCGCCGCACGCCGGCGACCCCUACAAGGCGGACGAGGCCGAGGCCGGCGGCUACAGCAGCGGCGGCGGCGGCGGCCGCAGCCCGAGCGCGGACAGCGGGGACGAGGCGCCCGACGACGACGACGACGACGAGGACGGGGCUCCCGACGCGGGGACGGCGCGCGGCGCGGAGGAGGCGCGGGGAGGCGGCGGCGGCCUCGCGGCCCGCGGGUCGGGCUGCCCGGGCGCGGCCGAGGCGGAGGCGCCCCCCAGCGCGGUGGAGGAGGCGGCAGCCCCCGGCCCCCGCGGGAGCUCGCCCGGAGCCCCGGGCCCGCCGGGAGCCUCGGCGGCGGCGGCGGCGGCAGGGGGCGCGGGGACCCCCCCUCAGGGCGCGGCGGCGGCCACCAAGCCCAAGCGGAAGCGCACGGGCUCCGACUCCAAGUCCGGGAAGCCGCGGCGCGCGCGCACCGCCUUCACCUACGAGCAGCUGGUGGCUCUGGAGAACAAGUUCAAGGCGACCCGCUACCUGUCGGUGUGCGAGCGCCUCAACCUGGCGCUGUCGCUAAGCCUCACCGAGACGCAGGUGAAGAUCUGGUUCCAGAACCGGCGCACCAAGUGGAAGAAGCAGAACCCGGGCGCCGACACGAGCGCCCCGACCGGCGGCGGCGGGGCUCCGGGACCCGGCGCGGGCCCGGGGGCCGGGCUGCCCGGGGGCCUCAGCCCGCUCAGCCCGUCACCGCCCAUGGGCGCGCCGCUCGCCAUGCACGGCCCCGCGGGGUACCCGGCGCACGGCCCCGGCGGCCUGGUGUGCGCCGCGCAGCUGCCCUUCCUGUCCAGCCCGGCGGUGCUGUCGCCCUUCGUGCUGGGCUCACAGACCUAUGGCGCGCCCGCCUUCUAUGCGCCGCACCUCUGA